AUGAAGCAAAUUCAUAUUAGCUUUACUUAUCUUUUAAUCUUCUUAAUUCUUGUUGCUUCAGCUACUAUAAUGGUUGAGGCACAAAAAUGCAAGCCAAGUAGAAAAGUGAGGGAACACGAUGAAUGUGACCAAAGUAACGGUGCUGAUUGCUGCGAGGAACGCAAAUCUUACACUGCCCAUAAACGUUCACCGCCGGUGACCAAGCAUACACCAGCCAUUUUAACCAUCAACAGCUUCGAGAAGGGCGGGGAUGGCGGUGGCCCAUCGGAAUGUGAUGGUAAGUACCAUGACAACGAUACGCCAAUUGUGGCAUUGUCCACUGGAUGGUACAAUAAGGGGAAGAGGUGUCACCAUCACAUUAAAAUUCAUGCAAAUGGAAGGACUGUUAAGGCUAAGGUAGUGGAUGAGUGUGACUCCAAUAGGGGAUGUUUGAAUAACAUCGUUGAUGCCUCGAAAGCAGUUUGGAAAGCUUUAGGUUUUAAAGAAAGUGAUGAUGAAUGGGGAUGGACGAAAGUUACCUGGGCUGAUGCUUGA